AUGCAUAUCUAUAAAUAUCUAUUAAAUUUCCACAAAAAUCAAAUUGACUGAAUUAAAAUGAAUUAUGGUCUCUAUGACGCAUAUCAAAGCCAAAAAGGAAAAUUCUUUGCCCCAUCGCCUCCUAAAAAGCCUUCAAAAUCCUUAUUAAAGAAAUUCAAUGUAAUAUCCCGUAAUAUUGAUAUACAUAAAGAACUUAACACAGAUAAAAUUUCAAAUGCAAAUCAUCAUAAAUACCGACAUCGAGGAACUGAAAUAGCGGAUUCUAUUAUAGCAAAUCUACCUUGUGAAAAAGAAAUACCGAAUGAUAGCUGUAGCUCAGUAAGCUCAUAUCGACUAAAACGAGAAUCUUUAACUGGAGUUAACACUCCUGUCGAUAAAAGUACAUCACCGCCUAUACGAUUAUUCAUACAUUUGCCUUCGUUAAAAGGCAGUAGGCCAAAUACAAGCUUAAAAAGCAGAAAUAGCAUUAUAGAAGAAAAUUCAAAAGAUUUAGAAAAUACCAAUUGGGAAGAGAAAAAUAAAGACAAUGAUGAUUACGAUUUGAUUAAAAAUAGAGGAAAAGCUGGAUAUAAAAAUAAUUUCCAUAAGCAUACUGCGAGAAGUAUUCUGAGUAAACAGAUACCAAUUAUCCAUUACCAAUUAUACAAGCCAUUUUCUUCACAUUUUUCAUAA